UUCUGUUUUUUGUAAAAUAAUGAAAUUUCUGUUUUUUGUAUAUUCCGAUAAAAAAAACAUCCGAUUUUGAAAUAAGUUUUGUCAAAAUCCCAAUUUUCAAAAUUUUGGUUUUCGAAUUUUUCGAUUUUUUUAAUUCUUUUGUGGAAGAGAUUUUGUAAUUUUUUUAAUUAUCCCGACGAGUUCAAAGUUAACACCUCAAAGUCAACCUUCACCCCCUUCUCACCACCGCCACCGCCACCGCCGCCACCACCACCACCACUACCACUACCACCACACACACCUCAAUGAACAAUCACCAUCGUCAAACCGCACCCUUCGUAUUCUUCAGCAUCCUAUUCCUACUACAUCCCUCACACGCACAACCCCACCCCCACACAGUCUGCAUCAUCGGCAGCGGAAUCGGCGGCGCCUCCGUCGCCCACUUCCUCCGCCUCUACUCCGACGACCCCCAGUCAAUCGGCCAGAUAACGAUCUUCGAGCGAAACGGCGUCGUCGGAGGCCGCAUGGCCACCGUCACCAUCGCCGGCGAGACUUUCGAGGCCGGCGGCUCCAUUCUCCACCCCAAAAACUACCACGCCUCGAAUUACACCGAUUACCUCAACCUCCAAGUGAAAAAACCCAACCACGCCGACGAUUCUCUCUCCCUGGGCAUUUGGGACGGCCAUAAAUUCAUCUACAGGACGCUGAAUUCGAACUCCAAGCUGCCAAUUAUCCAGCGCUUUGUAUCGAUCGCCAAUUCGAUUAAAUUGUUAGUGAGAUACGGCGUCUUCUCUCUCCUCCGGAUGGAUAGCUUCGUUGAGGUGAUGCUCAAUAAGUUUUUGAGGUAUUAUGAAGGUUUUGAGGCCCGGCCCGUGUUUGAGAGUGUGGAGGGGAUGCUUAAAUGGGCCGGGCUGUACAAUCUGACAACAAGAACACUAGGAGAUGAACUGGUUGAAGCUGGAUUGUCCUCUUUACUUAUUCAAGAGCUUGUUACAGUCAUCACGAGAAUAAACUACGGACAAAGUGUGAACAUGAGUGGACUCGCCGGUGCAGUUUCAUUGGCUGGAUCUGGCGGUGGUUUAUGGUCCGUUGAAGGAGGAAACUGGCAAAUGGCUGCUGGAUUAAUUAACCGUUCAGACGUUGAUUUGCACCUUCAAGAAGAAAUAGAGUCCAUCUCUUACAUGGGAGAUUUCUACGAGCUUAACUCGACGAAAGGAAAAAGUUACAGCUGUCAAGUCACAGUGGUGGCAACACCCUUGGAUGAACUCGAUAUUCUUUUCAAUCCUCGAAUAUCAAUACCUCCGAGAAAACUACAGCACACGCAUGCAACUUUUGUUCGGGGCCUGUUAAAUCCUGGGUAUUUUGGUCUGAAAGUGUUAUCGGAUAUUCCAGAAUUGGUGGGCACCAUAGAAUCCGAUGAUCUACCGUUCUCGAGCAUCAGUAUUCUUAAACAACAUGAGAAAGAUAUGACUUACAAGAUAUUCUCCCGUGAACCUAUGACAGAUGCCUUACUGGAUGACAUUUUCAGCUCGCGAGUGGAGACGAUCAAGAUCAACUGGGGUGCUUAUCCACAUUACGAAGCACCUGAAAGAUACGCUCCUUUCAUUUUAGAUAAUAAUCAUCUUUACUAUGUUAAUGCUUUUGAGAAUGCAGCUAGCUCCAUGGAAACGAGCGCUGUUUCUGCUGAGAACAUAGCACGGCUUAUCCUUUCAAGACUGCCUGAUAAAGUCGAUAAAAAUUCACCAAACUUGAAGAGCGGUGAUUCGUCUGAUAUGCAUUCAGAACUGUAAGUUGGUAUGUUGUAUAUAAAAUAUGCAUAAAUUGAAACCUCAAUUUAUAUUAUAUUUGUAUUGAAAGAAUUAUCAAUAAUCUCUAAUUUCCCUCAUGUUUGUAUAUGAAUCUUGAUUAACUGAUGAAACUUCUUUGAACAA